CGCUGCGGCAUGCCGGAGCAGAGUGUCGGUACGGCGGCCGCAGCAGCAGCGUCGCUCGGUGCCGAGAUCCAGAUGCUGAAAAGAACCAUCAGCUCCAAACCGACACUCUCCGAAUUGGUGCAGUCUCAACAUAAACCUGCUCUGCAAGGGUCCACAUGCACUGAUAAUGCUGUGAUGAAUGGUAACGAGGAAGAGAUCAAUAAAAGUGUGGGCAUUAACGCAGCUGGUAACGGUGGCACACAGCCUUCACUGCCCACUUCAGCAAUGUACCAGUUAGACAUCAUGCUGAAAAGAGGAAACAACCUUGCCAUUCGAGACAGAGGCGGAACAAGUGACCCGUAUGUGAAGUUCAAAAUAGCUGGCAAAGAAGUUUUCCGCAGUAAAAUCAUCCACAAGAACCUGAACCCAGUUUGGGAUGAACGUGUUUGUCUGAUAGUGGACAAUUUACAAGAGCCUCUGUAUUUUAAGGUGUUUGACUAUGAUUUUGGCCUUCAAGAUGAUUUUAUGGGCUCAGCUUACCUGCACCUUGAUUCUCUGGAGCUCCAGAGACCUAUUGAUGUUCGGUUGGACCUUCAAGAUCCUCACUGCCCUGAUCAGGACCUGGGCUCUCUGGAGCUGGCGGUCACUCUAUUCCCAAGAAGUACAGAGGACAGAGAGGUCCUGCGACAGGCGACCAUGCUAUUGAGGAGAAGCUGGAAGGGAUGCAGUAAGCAGCAGAAUCUUCGGCUGUCGGACAUGCACAGAAAGUCUCAGCUGUGGAGGGGCAUCGUGAGCAUCAGACUCAUUGAGGGUCGCAACCUCAUCCCCAUGGACCAGAACGGCCUGAGUGACCCUUACGUCAAGUUCAAACUAGGCCCUCAAAAGUACAAGAGUAAGACAAUUCCCAAGACCCUUAACCCUCAGUGGAGGGAGCAGUUUGACUUGCAUCUGUAUGACGAGGAGGGAGGCAUUCUGGAGAUCACCGUUUGGGAUAAAGACAUUGGAAGGAGAGAUGACUUUAUUGGCCAUUGUCAGCUGGACCUGUCAAAGUUGAGCAGAGAGAAGACGCAUAAGCUGGAACUUGAGCUGGAGGAGGAUAAAGGGACAUUAGUACUGCUGGUGACUCUGACCGCCACAGUCGUGCUCUCCAUCUCUGACCUGUCUGUCAACCUACUGGACGACCCAGACGAACGCCAGCAGAUCAUUAAGAGAUAUGUGAGUGACGUCCUCACAGCCAAACAGUACAUUUCUGCACAAAAGGGGUCUUUUGACACUGUACAGCAAGUGUUGCUAUUAACCGCUAACAUGUCUUCCUCUAGAGGGCACUUGACAACUGAUGUUUCAGGAAAGAGCGACCCGUUCUGCAUUGCAGAGUUGUGUAACGACCGUCUGCAAACACACACGGUCUACAAGACACUGAAUCCCGAGUGGAAUAAAGUCUUCACCUUUAACGUGAAAGACAUUCACUCAGUGCUGGAGAUCAGCGUGUACGACGAGGACAGAGAUCGCAGCUCUGAUUUCCUGGGUAAAGUGGCCGUCCCGUUAUUAAACAUCUGCAACAGUGAACAGAAGGCCUAAGUCUUAAGAAACAAGGAGCUGACAGGGCCAACAAAGGGGGUCAUCUUUCUCGAAGCAGACGUCAUCUUCAACGCCGUGAAAGCCAGUUUGCGGACAUUCGUUCCACCAGAACAGAAGUACAUCGAAGAGGAGUCCAAAUUCUCUAAACAGAUGCUGCAGCAGAAUUUUAACCGAGUGAAGCGCUGCGUCCUCUUCCUCAUUAACGUGGGCUCCUACAUCAACAGCUGUUUUCAAUGGGAGUCCCCCCGCAGGAGUUUAUGUGCUUUCUUGAUCUUUGUGGUGGUGGUUUGGAAUUUCGAGAUCUACAUGGUUCCAUUGUCCUUGCUGCUGCUGCUGACCUGGAAUUACUUCCUGCUGGCCUCGGGGAAGGAGUCGCACGAGGGAAGCGUGCAAGCGAUGGAGGACCUUCUUGAGGAUGUGGAUGAAGAAUAUGACAAAGAUGACAAGCAACAGGACUCAGAGAAAAAGGGCUUCUUGGACAAAUUCUACGCGGUUCAAGAUGUGAUCAUAACGGUUCAAAAUGCUCUGGAUGAAGUGGCCUGCUUUGGGGAAAGAGUGAAGAACACAUUUAACUGGUCUGUGCCUUUUCUGAGCUGGUUAGCCAUAACGGUUCUAUGUGCCGGUGCCACACUAAUAUACUUUAUUCCACUACGAUACAUUGUGCUGGUUUGGGGUAUCAAUAAAUUCACCAAAAAACUUCGGGACCCCUACAUCAUUGAGAACAACGAGCUGCUGGACUUCCUGUCUAGGGUUCCAUCAGAUGUCCAGCUGUUUCAAUACAAAGAGCUCAAACCAGAGACUUCUCUGAGCCCAAGCAAGAAAAGGAGGAACAACCCCGGAUAGAUGCUGAACUGUGACUUUACGUUUCGAAAUCAACAGCCUCCAAAGCAAUGUCCAUGUACAAUACACUGUGAAUGUUGCAAAGGAGAUUGUUUUAAAAAGAAUGAAAUAUUUCUGUCAUUAUGUAUGCAAACUUGCACAACUAUAAUAGCUCAAAACCUAAUUGUUCAUGAAAUAUAUUUUUAAUUAUUUAUAUACCCAUUUUUAUUCUGUCACUGAUUCACAAUCAGUGUCUUGAACAUUUUUAUUCAAAGAGACUUAUGUGGAGAAAAAUGCUGCAAGCCGGAUUCAAACUUGUGUCGCUCACAUGAGCACCAUAGCUCAAAAAACAUGUGCCUACCACUUGGUCACAGCUACAGCAAAUUAGUCUUUUUAAAUGUGAUUUUUUUUCAGUCAGUUGAGUCUAUAUAAUGUGGCUUCUGGUGCAAAAAUAUCAGCAUGAAAAUGUUCUUUCGCAAACGUCUGCACAGUUGAAUGUAAUAAAUGCAACUGUCUGACCAUGUGGCUUUUUUUUUUAAAACACUCCAAAA